CCUCGCUUCCCCGCAACACAAUCCACCGCAGUCCUUCCUCAUAUACAUAUCUCAAACCAGCUAAAGAACCAAGAGACAGACUGACCCCUCUCAAGCAAUUAAUCUCCGAUCCCCAGACAAAAUGUGCAACUCCAACGUCAAGUCCGCCGUCGCCCAGAUCGACGGGCGCCCGGUCCUGCAGCCGGCCGGCAACCGCGUCGCGGCGCCGGAAGCCGCCCGGCCGCCGCUCAAGAAGUCCCUGCAGAAGUCGCUCUCCAUGCCCGCUUCCUACGACAACAACAAUGCUCCGACCACUGCGACCAAGAACAGCAGCGAGCUCGCCCGCGCGGCGCUUCACCUUCUGCCGCCAACAGCACCGGCAAAGGCGGCAGGGGUCAGCAAGGCGGGGGCGGCGGCGGACAAGAACAGGAAGGGCGCCAAGAAGAGCGGCGCCGCGGUUCUGCCGCCGGUGGUGACGUUCGCGUCGCUGGAAGCGUUCGAGCUCGCGGGCGCCGGCGCCGGCCCCGGCCCCGCUGGGAGCAUCGCGGCGGCGCAGAGGGAGCACGUCACGCAGGCGCAGGCGCAGCGCAAGAUGCGGAUCGCGCACUACGGGCGCACCGCGUCCUUCUCCCGGGUCGAAGGCAGGGUCGGCGCCACCGCCACCGCGACCCCCGCCGGGCCCGCCGUCGUCGCCGCGCCGGACGAGAAGCGCUGCAGUUUCAUCACGCCCUACUCAGACCCCGUGUAUGUCGCUUACCACGACGAGGAGUGGGGAAUGCCCGUGCACGACGACGAGUUGCUGUUCGAGAUGCUUACGUUGUCCGGCGUGCAAGUCGGGGCAGACUGGGCUUCCAUCCUCAGGAGGAGACACAUCUACAGGGAGGCAUUCUCCGGUUUCAACGUGGAUGUGGUCGCUAAAUACACGGAGAAGCAGAUGGCGUCAGUGAGCGCCGGGUUUGGGCUGGAUUUGGGCACCAUCCGAGGAGCCGUCAACAACGCCUGCCGGAUCCUCGAGGUGAGGAGAGACUUCGGGUCGUUGGACAAGUACGUGUGGGGGUUCGUGAACAACAAGCCCCUCUCGCCGGGCUACAAAUACAGCCGGAAGAUCCCCGUGAAGACGUCCAAGUCGGAGUCCAUCAGCAAGGACAUGGUCCGGCGCGGCUUCCGGUUCGUCGGCCCAACCGUGCUCCACUCCUUCAUGCAGGCCGUCGGGCUCACCAACGACCACCUCGUCUCCUGCCCGCGCCACCGCGUCUGCUCCUCCCCCUCUUCCUCCGCCGCUUAAUCCAUCUGACGGCCACCAAAUACCCAACAGUAUCGAUCGCCCCCGGAAAAAGAGAGAGGAAAAAAGAUCUCGAUGAAACGACAUGCGAGAUAGCUAGCCUCAUGGCCUCAAGUAGUAGUGUAUACAAAGAGUGUUGAAGAUUUGCGCGUGUGUGUAUGUGUGCUUGGUCGGUACUGUAGAUUACCGGUCCCUAAUUAGCCAAGAGGCUUUGCUUACUCACUACCAGUUGGUGCGUACGUACUUACAUGUGACGGGGUACUGCUACCAUUGCUUGGUGUAUAGUCAUUUUGUGCGAUUGCUGUACAGUUGUGUGUUGAUCAGGUAGGUGCGUGCACGUGGUGUGCUAGCUUUGCAAUUGGUGCUUUUUUUGUUC